ACCAGUGAGGUGGAGAUGUACGCCUUCCAGUAUGAGAACAAGCCCAGCGCCAGCGACAGCACAGUGGUGCUGUACCUGGAGAAGGUCUCAAACAAGGAAGACACGGUGCUGGGCUUCCGCGUCCACAGGAUGCUGCAGGCAGAGUUCCUGCAGGCCGCCCAGGUCACCAUCUACGACUACUAUGAGCCUUCCCGGAGGUGCAGCACCUUUUACAACCUGCCCCAAGAGCCAUCUUCUCUGCGCAAAAUCUGCCACAAAGACGUCUGCCGCUGUGCGGAAGAACGGUGCCCAGAGCCAAAGGAUAGCAGCCAAAUGAGGAAGGAGGAGCUCCAGGUGGCAGCGUGUGAGGUCGGCGUGGACUUUGUGUACAAGGUCAGGCUGGAGAGUAUGGAGACCUCAGCCUCCAGCCCUUACAUCUACUACAACAUGCAGCUCCAGGCCAUCAUCAAGACAGGCUCAGACUCUGUCAAACCCCUCACCACGAAGAAAUUUGUCUCCCACGCCACCUGCCAGGAUGUUCUGAAGCUGCAGGAGAAUCAGACAUACCUCAUCAUGGGCCACGCCGCCGACCUGUGGCGGAUCCAAUCUGACUACACCUAUGUCCUAACCAAGAACACCUUCCUCAUGCCCUGGGCAGCCGACGGGGACGUGGGCAAGAAGGACUCCGUGAAAGAGCUGGAGGGGUUUUCGGAACACAUGCACGCCCACGGCUGUGAGACCUGAGCCCUCCUCAAGGCUUGGAUGAGCGACCCGCCCCCCCCACGCCCCCCAGGAGAUGAGCUCCAGGCCUCCGGGUUUUCUGGGGAUGGCUCCAGUUCAAGCACACGGAUCUCCAGAUCUUUUUUCCAUCUCCAACCUGCUGCCCAUCCUGCCCUGCUCACAUUCACCCCCUGCAAGCCCCAUUGUCACCAUAGGGUCUUGGUGGCUCCUUCUAAACCCACGGUUGUUUUCUGCUCACAAGGUGACAUUUGUGCUCUUGGUCCCCUCCACCUGACACCUUCCAGCUACCUGCAGGGCUUGGCCCUAUCUUAAUUGCACUGUUGAACUGUCCCCUCCUGGGGUCCAUCCAGAGUGUGAG